AUGCAGACCAAAAACACUCUCCGCCCCCGGUGGGUAAGGGGUUUCUUCGCCUGGAUCAAGCCGGUCCUGUCCACGCCCGAGUCCGAGGUGGUGGACACAGUCGGCCUGGACGCGGCGAUUUUCCUGCGUUUCACCAAGAUGUGUCGCAACAUCUUCAUCAUCAUGAGCAUCAUCGGCUGCGCCGUCAUGAUCCCCGUCAACGUGGUCCAGAGCCACGGCAACAAUAUUUCCUCGGGCCUGUCUGUCUUCUCCAAAUUCACACCGCUCUACAUCACCAACCCCGAGGCCAUCUGGAGUCAGGUAGUGUGUGCUUGGGUCUUUGAUAUCGUCGUUGCCUUUUUCCUGUGGAGGAACUAUCGCGCUGUGCGAGAUCUCCGGAGAAAAUUCUUUCAGAGCUCCGACUAUCAGCGCAGCAUGCAUGCGCGGACCCUGAUGAUCACCGAUAUUCCUCCUCCCGACCGUUCAGACGAAGGUAUUCUGCGACUGACCGACGAGGUCAACCCCACCGCGGCCCUUCCCCGUGCCUCGAUCGGCCGGAACGUCCGAGAUCUGCCCCUGAUUAUCAAGGAGCAUGAUGAGACCGUGCGGGAGCUGGAGAAGGUGCUGGCCAAGUACCUCAAACGGCCGGAUCAGCUACCUGCGAACCGGCCCACGAUGCGCCCACCGAGAUCUCAGCGGAACCAGCUUCCCGAGGGCAAGGUAGACGCCAUCGACUUCCUCACGGUGCGCAUCCGGGUGUUGGAGGAGGAGAUCAAACAUGGCCGGGCCUCGAUCGACCGGCGGAAUGCCAUGCCCUUUGGCUUUGCCAGUUGGGAGAAGAUUGAGCACGCCCACGCCGUUGCGUGGGCCGCCCGUAAGAAGCAUCCCCGCGGCACCACCAUUCGCCUCGCGCCCCGGCCAAGCGAUCUGAUCUGGGAAAACCUGCCGCUGUCCAAGCAGGCGCGCAAGUGGAAGCGGCUGAUCAAUAUUGUUUGGGUCGCUGUAUUGACGUUUGUGUGGAUCGCGCCCAACGCCUUGAUUGCUGUCUUUCUCUCCAAUUUAGCGAAUCUCGGUCUCGUUUGGCCGGCCUUCCAGACCUCGCUGGAAGCUCAUCCGGAUGUUUGGGCUGCUGUACAGGGUAUCGCAUCUCCAGCCAUCACUUCGUUGGUUUACCUGGUGCUGCCCAUCAUCUUCCGCCGGCUCUCUAUUCAGGGUGGUAGUAAGACCAAGACCUCUCGGGAGCGUCAUGUGUUGUCGCAUUUAUACUCGUUUUUCGUCUUCAACAACCUGAUUGUCUUCUCACUCUUCUCGGCUGCGUGGGGCUUUGUAUCCACGGUGAUCCAAAAGAGCAACGACAGCGAUGACAGCGCGUGGCAGGCAAUCCAAGAUGGUCAAAUAUACAACAAGGCCAUGAAUGCUCUUUGCACGGUGUCACCAUUCUGGGUGACCUGGCUCUUGCAGCGAAACUUGGGUGCCACCAUCGACCUGGUGCAGGUGAUUAACUUGGUCUGGGUCUGGUUUGCAAAGACCUUCCUUGCCCCGACCCCCCGACAGGCUAUUGAAUGGACUGCGCCGCCGGCCUUCGACUACGCCAGCUACUAUAACUACUUCCUCUUCUACUCGACUGUCGCGCUCUGCUUCGCCACUCUGCAGCCGAUUGUUUUGCCGGUGACAGCGCUGUAUUUCGGUAUGGACGCCCUGCUAAAGAAGUACCUAUUGCUGUAUGUCUUCAUUACCAAGAACGAGUCUGGAGGUAUGUUCUGGCGGGUUCUGUUCAACCGUAUGGUGUUUGCCACCAUUCUUGCGAACGUCGUCAUCGCCCUGGUCGCAAAGGUCAUGGGCUCGUGGACUAUGGUGUUCGCUGUGGUUCCUCUGCCCUUCUUGAUGCUGGGAUUCAAGUUUUACUGCUUCAAGGUCUUCGAUACAGACUGCAAGUACUACAACCGCGCCAACCUGAACGACGCUGAGGCGCUUGGAGGUGUGGGCAAGCUCAGUAAGAAGGCGGCCGAGCGGCUCAACUCGAAGUUCGGACAUCCGGCACUGUACAAACCGCUCAUCACGCCCAUGGUGCACGCCAAGGCUGCCGCCGCGCUGAAGGAGAUCUAUCAGGGCCGCCUGGAGCACGGCGACACGGGAGGCGAGUACUCCGAUAUCGCCAUGGAUCGGAUGAUGGCCUCGCAGCCCGGCAAAUCCGCGGACCCGGCUCCAUUCGAGGUCGUCCCGGAGAGCCAGCUGGAUUUCUCGUACUUCAAGGACCGACCGGACUUCCGCGACGAGUUCGGCGGCGGUAUCUACGGCCGACCAGAAGAUCUGAUGACCGAGCGCUCCCAGACCCCACGCAGCACCUUGGGCGGAGAAUGGUCGCCCUCGUCGUCGCGUGCCUCGUCUCCAGCACCAUCCUUACCAUCGAUGGCUGGACUGAAAAUGUACGAGGGCUACGAAAUGCCUUCUGCCGAGGGGGCCCCUCUGGUCCACCCGGCUUUCCGCGUGCCGCAUUCACGGAGCAGCAGCGCCGGCGCGCCCGGUGGCUUGUAUCAACAAUCAAACGAGAGCGAGACCAGGUUGUUGAGUCAGGCGCAGGGUCCUGCGCAGAACGACCCGGGGGCGUUGGAUCGCUGGCGCACAGGCGGGUAUGGGCCUGUAGAACAGGAGGAAGAAGAGCCUUCGUCGUACACCUCCUACGAGCCAUACCGUGCGCCGCGGUAG